GUCACUGGAUGGUUUCUGUGGUCAGAGGAGACAUUGGAGGAACUCACGGCUGUCGUGCGACCCAAUGUCCCUGUGUCUGUUGUAGAUCAUCGCCAUGACCCACUGCCCGUGUGCCUUCUGCGAGGACUGCUUCAAGGCCUACUUCACCACGGCCAUCAAGGAGAAGACCAUCGAUAAGCUGGUGUGUCCGCUGUGCAGCCGGCCGGACACCAGAGGCAAGCAGGGCAUGGAGGACGCCGUGGACUACUUCAACCUGCUGGAUACGCAGAUCCGUCACUACCUUGAGCCUCAGAGCCAUGAGCUGUUCCAGAAGAAGCUCAGAGACCGGGCCUUGCAGGACAUGCCCAACUUUCGCUGGUGUGCCCACUGUUCGUUCGGGAUGCUGCACGAGGCUGACCGGCUGAGGAUGGACUGUCCCAACUGUAGAAAGAGCACCUGCUCCCGAUGUAAAUCACCUUGGAUUCCUGAGCAUCAGGGUGUGUCAUGUGAAGACUUUAAAAGAUGGCAGCUUCAGUUCGACCCCAACAAUCUGCAGUCUCUGGAGCUGGACAGCGCCCUCCUCAGGAAUAAAAUAGAGUGUCCUAACUGCCAGCUGGUCUUCUACCUUUCCAAGGGCGGCUGUCUCCACUUCAGCUGCAGCCAGUGUCAGCAUGAGUUCUGUGGCAGCUGCAGCCAGCCCUUCAUCCUGGGUUCUAACUGCUCGUUCUCCAAGGACUGUUCCUCCAGGGGCCUCCACGCCCACCACCCCAGGAACUGCCUCUACCACCUGAGGGACUGGACUGCGGCCCGCCUCCAACUGCUGCUACAGUGCUACAAGGUGCCCCCGUCAUGGCUGGUCCCAGACCCGACCGGGCCACCCCAGCCCUCAUCCCCAGGAGUGUGUUGGGUGCUGGAGGUCCCUGAUGACAGCAGCUCCAGGGAGGAGCCGUGUGGCCGGCCAGCGCUGCCAGAACACUCCGGAGUCUGCGGGCUGCACCACAAGGAGCGCUUGGUGGAGGUGGUGCGGCGGGCGGGGCUCGACCCGGCCGCCCUGUAUGGGCGGGCGGAGCUGGAGGCGGAGCUAAAGCGCUGGUACGUGACGGUGGCGCCGCGGGCCGAAGGGGAGGCGGAGCAGCAGUACCUCCAGCGCCUCCGCAAGAGCCUGACCCGCAUUCCUCUGAGUAAGGACUCCUCCUCCCCGACCCAGCCCAGCACCAGCACCAACCGACAACCUGGCAUCUCUUCUUCCUCCGCCUCUUUGUCUCAAACGUGGGCCACGACGCCAGGACGUAAAGCGCUCCAUUAAACGCUGCUCGGCGGGCGAACGGCUCCACCUGAUGUCCAGAUGGUGUCACUACAGGGAGCGCUGCCCAGCCGUGGGAACGCGAUUAAACACAGGCUCCAGGCUAUACUCACUCCAUAAACCUAUUGCCACUAAGUGGUUCCCAUAUAUAUGUGUUACUAAUGAUGUUUAACCCUUUUAAAAAGAAAAAAAAAAAACAUGUAAAUUCAGCAGUGGCCUUCUCUCUCGUGUCGGUAAACUAACAGAAAGCGCCCCGUUCUCUAACAGGCGGUGUUACAUCGGUCAUGAGAAAGGACAGUGAAUAAGAAAAACAAUAACUUAAUAGUCCGACUUAUCUAGACAUCUUAGCAGCUAAACGCGUCACGUACUGUCCAGGGCAUCCAGUCAAACAGUCGUGUACAGUUGGUCGGGAUAACGUAGCCUGUUAAGUUAAAGGAAGCAUUUUUCAGUCAAAAACCAACUGUUACCUCUGAAAUGCUAAGAUCAUUUGAAACUUUAUUAUGGCGUCUAGAAAUGUUUAUUUGGGAUUUUUGGUCCAUUAUCAUAACAUUUAGGAUAGACUUAAACAAAAAUUGUUUUUGUCUUUCAGUUCAGACCAACAAAUGGCCAGUGUGGCCUUGCUCAUCUUGUCUAGCUCUGUUUGCUAUGCAUUUUUAACUGUUGAGUUUAAUAAAAACAGAUUGCGAAA